AUGGCGGCCGGGGACAGAAAGAGGGACCUGAUGGAUGUCGUGUAUUCAGGGGGGGACGAUGGCCUUCUGAAGGGCUGGGACACCAGGGCACCCAGCGAGCCUGUGUUCAGCAGCGCGAGACACUGCAUGGGCAUGUGCAGCAUCCAGAGCAGCCCCCACCGGGAGCACGUCCUGGCCACGGGCAGCUACGAUGAGCACGUUCUGCUGUGGGACACUCGGGACAUGAAGCAGCCGUGUGCAGACACACCUGUGCAGGGUCGGUUGUGGAGGCUCAGGUGGCACCCUGUCCACCAGCACCUGCUCCUGGCGGCCUGUAUGCACAGCGGCUUUAAGAUCCUCGACUGCCACAAGGCGAUGGAGGAGAGGCAGGAAGCGACAGUCUUGGUGUCCCACGCGUUGCCCAACUCACUGGUGUAUGGAGCCGACUGGUCCUGGCUUCUCGUGCGUUCUCCACAGCCCAUCCCCUCGUGGUCCUGUCCUCAGAGCCACCCAGGAGCCAGAGCAGCAGACCUCAAGGUUGUAGGUGGGUUGCCAGCACCCUCUCUUGAACACAUAGUGGAUGACGACAGGGAGGCCCCUGCCAAACUCCACAGUGGCAUCGAGCUACUCACAGAGAACAAGAGGAAGACUGGCAUGGAACUGCACCCCAAAGCAGCCAAGCCCUGUGACCGAGACACGUACCCGGAAAGGGUGAACUCAGCUGUAAGCCUCCUGGCCACUUGCUCCUUCUAUGACCAUGCUCUCCACCUCUGGAAGUGGGGGUGA